AUGUCUUCCGGAAAGACUGUUACUCUUAGCACUGGCUACAAGAUCCCCCAAUUGGGAUAUGGUACCUGGCAAGCUGCUCCUGGUGAGGUCGAAAAAGGCGUCUACGAAGCCCUGAAGAUCGGAUACCGACACCUUCUAACGAAUAAUUCCACCAAUUACAGCUACGAGAACCAGAAAGAAGUCGCCCAGGGCAUCAAGCGUGCCUUCAAGGACAUUCCCGGCCUCAAGCGUGAGGACAUCUUCAUCACGGGAAAGCUAUGGAACUCGCAGCAUGACCCGGCUCACGUCGAGGCCGCUCUCGACGACACCCUCGCUGAGCUCGAGCUCGAGUACCUCGACCUGUACCUCAUUCACUGGCCUGUGAACUUUGGCCCAGGCAAGGGUCCUCAUACGGAUCUCUUCCCUGCUACUGCGGAUCCCAAUGAGGUCAACAUUGACAACUCGAUACCCAACAGCGAGACAUGGAAGGCCGUGAGCAAGCUACCCAAGAGCAAGGUCCGCACCGUCGGUGUGUCCAACUUCACAUACAAGACGUUGAAGGCUCUGGUUGAGAAGACCGAAAUCGUGCCCAGCGUCUUGCAAAUUGAGCGUCAUCCUAUCCUUCCCAGCAAGGAGCUCAUCGCCUACGCCAAGGAGAAGAACAUCCACAUCACUGCCUACUCAGCCUUCGGCAAUAACGCCUUCGAUAUCCCACUUCUCAUCACCCGCCCGGAGAUUAAGGCUAUUGCCGAGAAGAAGAGUGCCACGCCUGCGCAAGUCAUCUUGGCUUGGAGCCAGGUCGGCGGCCACUCUGUCAUUCCCAAGUCAGUCACGCCGUCUAGGAUUGCAGAGAACUUCAAGGAGAUCGAGCUGGACGAGCAAGAGAUUGCUGCCAUCCAGAAGUUCUCCGAUGAGUACCAGGGCAGAAGGCGGUACAAUGUGCCGUACACUGCGAACAAACCGCGCUGGAGCAUCAACAUCUUCGAUGAGCCAGAGGAGCAGGAGGCACCUAACAAGGUCGUGCUAUAG